AUGGACUGCAACGAAGUUAACUUGAUGUGUGAUUCGCGCCCAGAUGACGAGAGCUCCACCAUUCUUUACUCGAAACAUAGUUUUCCAAAACUGUUAAAUCGACCGUGGAAUGUCCUACUCGACUCUUUGAGCUGCCUCGAUAGAAGUUCAUCAUUUUGGUGGCAGAUGACAGGCGGGCCUCUUUCAGUGAUGCUAGAUGCGGCUGGAUAUGACGAUCAUAGUCAAUACUCUGCCCUUUUGUUCCAUUUCCAACACAUUAUCCACCGAUUGGGUAAUCCACCUACUCCUGAGGGUCUUCCUCAUGGCUGGAAAAGCUUCAUGACUGACGACUGCUCUCCAAUUGAGUAUAGCUGGACUUGGGGUGCCACUCCACGCAUCAGGUAUGCUGUUGAAGCUAUUGCACCCAGUGCUGGGUCUACCUUUGAUCCGUACAAUCAGCUAGAGACUGUCCGGCUUGUUGAAGGACUCAAAAAAUCACAAAGCAUGGAUUGGCAACUUUUCGAGUAUUUUCGAGAGUGUUUCGUGCCGGUUAUUGGAGCCAAAGAUUUCAAUUAUAGUGUUCCAGUUUCUUCCCCUACAAACAGUUCUUCUGUGAUGUUAGCUUUCGAGCCCUGGAAGGGGAAAAUCAACGCGAAGGCUUAUGUUGCACCGAUCAAGGCAUAUAAAUACGGCAGGCUACCGCUCGACCUUGCUUCGAGUUCAUUUCGGAAGCUGGAACAUGAUCUAAAUAUUAAACUCCCUGCUUACGGUACUUUUCAUAACUUCCUGGGCUCCAAGCAUGGGCAGUCAAAUCUUACGUUUCUUGCCCUUGCUGUCGACUGCAUCGAACCACUCAAUUCGCGUUUCAAACUUUACGUCAGGAGCAUCAAGACAGCCUUUGAUGAUGUGUGUUAUAACUUAACUAUGGGAGACUUCAACCAUUCUGUGUGGACUAAAGAACUUAUGUCAGAGCUACGAAUACUCUGGUAUCUGGCUCUGGGACUCGCGACAAGCUUUCCAACAAGCAGAGAACUGCCUUCUUUGAACCAUGACACAGCUGGUAUACUAUACAAUUAUGAUAUACAUGCUGUGAACAACUCACCCGAUGUGAAAGUGUACAUUCCGGUGAGGCACUACGGUCGCAGUGAUCUCGAUAUAGCCAAGGGACUCGGCUCGUAUCUACAGAGACAAGGAUGCGAUCAACACUUUCAUAGAUACCUGCAGAUGUUAAAGCAGAUCGGUUUCCAUCGCGCGCUAGAGGAUAGCUGUGGUAUCCAAACUUAUAUUGCUUGUGGGAUUAAGAACAAGGCCUUAUGCCUGACUUCCUAUCUCAGUCCUGAGAUCUACCACCGAGCAAGAUAUUAG